AUGGAUAAUUUAUUAAAUAUAUUUUCAUGCAAAUUAUUCACCCAUUCAAAUCAUAAUUUUGAUCUUUCAUUAGAAUCAAAUAAUUCUUCUAAUAAUUUCCACAUUGAAUUAGAGCAGAUACCAGCAUUUCCGUUACGCAAACCGUAUGGUUUAUCAAGAUUACCAGAAGUAGCAUUAAGAAUAAAACCUCUUACACCUGAAGAUUUAGAAAAAUUACCGUCAAGAUUUCAACGUCAAAUUAUAUCCACUACACAUACAUCAGGUCAAGUAGUUGUUGAAACCGAAAAGCGACCAAUAUUUCAAUUCGAUCAUGUGUUUGGUCCGGAGGCUACACAAGAGGAGGUUUAUGAUAAAGCUGUUAUAAAUUUAUUAGAAAAAUUUUUGGAGGGUUAUAAUGUAACGAUCCUUGCCUAUGGUCAAACUUCUUCUGGAAAAACCUAUACGAUGGGCACAGCUGACAAUAAAUCUGUGCCAGUCGAGUCAAUGGGAAUAAUUCCUCGUACAAUGACAACUCUCUUCGAGAUGAUUAAUUCCAUUCAAUUUAAAUCACAUAAAACAGAAGUAAAAAUUUCAUUUGUUGAAAUUUAUAAUGAAGAUUUGAUUGAUCUUUUUGGUGAAGGUGAUAUAGAAGAGAGACCACAAAUCCAAAUUCGAGAAGAUGUGAAAGGGAAAAUUUAUUGGACGGGGCUAAAAGAGAUAAUGGUCACAAAUGUUCAUGAAAUUAUGGAACAAGUUGGGGAGACUGAUAUGAAUGCUAAAUCUUCUAGAUCUCAUGCAAUCUUUUCAGUAUCUAUAACACAAGAAAAAUAUAUUUCUCAUAACAAUUCAGGUCCGCCAUCCACACCACCUGGUUCUAGACCUGGAACACCCGCUACAUCUAAAUUUUCAAGUCGUCCUUCCUCAAGAGCUAAUUCUGCUUUAGGAAAAUUUGAUGACAAUGGUGAUUGGUUGAGGACUGUUAGUAAAUUUCAUUUUGUAGAUUUGGCUGGUAGUGAGAGGUUAAAACGUACUUCCGCAAACGGAGAGCGUGCAAAGGAAGGAAUUUCAAUAAAUUCAGGUCUUCUCGCAUUAGCGAACGUAAUUUCGGCUCUGGGCGAUCCAUCUAAAAUAAAACAUACGACACAUAUUCCAUAUAGAGAUUCAAAGCUUACUCGUCUUUUACAAGAUUCACUUGGUGGAAAUGCAACUACAUUAAUGAUUGCAUGUGUUUCACCUGCAGAAUUUAAUCUUAAUGAAACAAUGAAUACACUUAAAUAUGCAAAUAGAGCUCGCAACAUAAAGAAUAUAAGUACAGUGAAUCAAGAAGAAUAUGGUUGGAAUGAUGUUACACAUUUACAAAGUUUGGUGAUAAAACUUCGCGCAGAAACAACAGCUCUAAAAACGAUUAUUUCUCAUGGGCAACAACUUCAAUCUAGUGAUCAUGGAAGAGUUACACCAACUUUCUCAACGGGCCUUAAAAUUACUGGAACAACAGGGAGAAAGACUCCAACCGGUAUUCCAGCAGGGAGAAAGACUCCAACUCCAACUCUAACAGGUAUUCCAGGGAGAAAGACUCCAACUCCAACAGGUAUUCCGGGGAGAAAGACUCCAACAACUGGCAUUCCUGGAAGGAUUACACCUACUUCACCUACUUCUGGUAGAAUUAAAUCUUCCGGAAUUCCAAGUGCAGUAAAAAGUUCAUCGAGUGUUCCAAUGAAAAAUACUAAUAAUGGUAGAGAAACAACUAAUCGUAUGAGACCUUCUUCACCAUUAGCCACAUUCAGUCAUUUUAGCAAUCCAGAAUCGCAAAAGGAUAGAGAUAUCGAAAUCUUGCAAGAACAACUAUUGGAACUUAGUGACUCCUAUGUUGAAUUAUCUCAAAGAUAUGCUAAGACGUCCGCAGAAUUGGCAAUGCAUCAAGAUAAUUAUGAUGGAUUAGAGAAUAAUCCUAUUAUCGAAGAAUAUAAGGAGAUGGUUUCUUUACUCGAAGAUAGAUUAAAUCUGACUAGUUCAGCUUUGAUUCAAUCUGAAACUUUGUUAAAAGAAACCGAAGCCCGAGUUGAAGGAGAUAAAAGUACUAUUUUGAAGCUUCAAGAUAAUGUUAAAGAUCUUGAAUUACAACUUAAAAAAGAAGAAUUUGUUGCCCGUAUUAAAGCCUCUCGUGAUAAUUUCCCAGAAACAUUCAUUAGCGAAACCAUAAAAUUAUUGGAAGAACGUUUAAAAGAAAGAGAAGAAGCAUAUGAGAAAUUGGAAGAGAAAUAUCAAAAAGUCAGCAGCACAGAUGACAACAAAUCAGAAUUAUUACAAAUAAUCGAAGAACGAGAUCAGAGAAUUUCUCGAUUUGAAUCUAAUAUAAAUCUUCUAACUGAUGAAAUCGAAAACUUAAAGAAAUUAUCAGAUUCUAAGUCAAAUUCCACGAAUUCAGAUAAUAAGGACAUUCAAUCUCUUGAAAUAGAACUUUCCGAGUUGAAGAAAACGCACAGUGCAACUCUUGAUGAAUUGCAAAACCUUGAAUUGGGUAAUAUGGAUGAUGUAGACUCGGUUUCAUCCACACCUUUAACUCCAAUGACACCUGGAACUCCACAUAACGAACAAAAUAAAUCUGUGAGUUUUAAUCUUAUAAAUACAUUUUCCAAACCUUCUCAUAAAAAAUCAAAAUCGCUUCAAAUUUACACUAAUGGAGCUGACAAACGUGAUAUCAUACAUUCUUCAAUUGUUGAAAAAUUACAAUUUGAACUUCAGCUCUUUGAAUCAUUCCACAAAGAUAAAACGGAAAGUUUAAAUAACGUCAAGGAUGAAUUGGAAAAAUUGGAAAAGAAUCACCUAGAAACUCUUCAAGUUGUUGAUGAACUUCGUGAAGAAAUUAUAAGACGCGAUGCUGCGGUUAGACUUAAAAAGAAUAGCAAAAGUGCGUUAUUACGUUCAUCAUCACCCGAUUCGUAUAAUGAUGAUGGUAAAGUAAAUGAAAUUAAGGUUUUGAAAGAAGAAUUAGAACAACAAAAAGCAAUCUGCGUUGAAUAUGAGAAUGUUAUCCAACGUCUUGAGAACGAACUAAAGGAAGUAAAAGAAGCACAAGUUGUCGUUAAUUCUCGUUCUAUUAUUGAUGAUGAAGGUUCUUCCGCUGAUAAGCUUGAACAAUAUGCUGAUGAAAAUGUCAUAGCAUUAGAAGAUACAGUAAAGAAUCUUGAAGCCCAAUUAAGCAAAGCCAAAGAAGCCAGAAAUUCCCAAGAUUUAUCAAGUAUUUAUAUUAUUGAUCAUACCCUUAAAACGAUGAUCACUCUUCGAUCUAAUCUUUCCGAUAUACAGCAAGAACUAUACGAUAAUUCUAAAGAAUCCAAAAUUUUGGAAAACACAAAAGAAUUUAUAUCUAUGUUACAAACUCACCUUGAAACAAUUCGAUUAAAUAUUCAGACUAAAGAUGAAUUAAUUGAAUCCUUAAAAAGAGAUUCAUCUAAUCAAGAUGAUGAAUUAGACGAAAAAACGACAGAAAUUGAAAAUUUAAGAAAACGCUUGGAAGAAAUCAAGAAUCAAGAGAAUGAAACGAAGAAACAAAUUCAAUCUCUUCAAGCGUCAGAACAAUCUUUAGGAGAAGAAAUAAUAUCUCUUCAAGCAUCAGAAGAAUCUUUAAGACAAGAAAUAAUUAUUUUAAAAGAGACAGAAUCCCAACAAGGAAAUAUGAUUUCAAAAUUACAAACUCAAUUUCAAGAAACGAAAGAUGAAAAAGAUUCAAUAAUUAAUCAAUGGGAAACUAUGAAAGGAAAUUACCAAAAUCAAACGACGCUUGUUUCAAAACUUGAAGGUGAAUUAAAUUUGUCCCAAGAAAAUUAUGCAGAAAAUUUAAAAAAGAUAGAUGAACAAAAUGAUCAUGUAACUGAACUAGAGAGUAAACUUCAAGCUGUUGAAAAAGAAAAAGAUGAAUUUACGGAACUUAAUAAAGAACUUAAUAAUAUCAUAACAGAAAAAGAAAAAGCUAUUAAUGAAUUUACCAUCACAAUAAGUAAUUUACAAAAAGACCUUGAAGUGACUAAAAAUAACGAAAAUAUAUAUCUAGAAUCCAUUGAUAAUCUUUGUGAAAAAAUGUUUACUGUUGGUUCACAGGUUGAUGAAUCUAUAGCUUCAAGUGAUGAAUUAAACGAUUUAAACAUUAUUAUGAAGGACGUACAAACCGCAAAAACUGCAUUAUCACAAUGUGAAUUAUUGGUUUCCAAGAAAGGCGAACUAAUUACCAAAUUAAAAUUCGAACUUCAAGAUGCGAAAAAUUUAGAAUUAACACAAUCAAAAACCAUUAAGGAACUUCAAAAUGAAUUGGAAGAAAUUGAACGAAAACUUCAACAAGAGGCCUCAACUACAGUAGAAGCUGAUGUGGCUAAUUCCUUGACAAUAAAAGGAUUACGUUCUAAUAUUGAAAAAUUAUCAAAUGAAUUAGAAGCAGCUAAAGCUCAAGAGUCAACACAAUCAAUACUGAUUCGAGAAUUAGAAGACGCAUUAUCAAAGAAAGAGAACAGUUUAGAAGAAUUAAAUUCGUCAUUUAAUGAUUUACAAAUCGAACUCGAGAAAGCGAAAGAAAAAGAAGGUGAACAAGCAGAGCUUAUUCAAAGUUUAGAAUCAGAACUUCAAAAUACAAAGAAUAAUCUUAAUGAUGAAAUCUCCAAACUUAAGAUCAAUAAUGAAGAAAUUGAGACAAUUAAUCAGAGAUGCGUAAAUCUACAAAAUGAAGUUGAGAAUUCCAAGAAUGAAACUAUUCAACUUGAGAAAGAAAAGAAUGAUCAAAUUGAGAAAGUACAAACUGAAUUAAAUUUAUUAGCGGAUGAAUUCACAGAAGUUGCCGCUAAAUAUGAAGACUCUGAAGAGAUUUUAGCAGAAAGAAAUAAUAGAAUUGUAGAAUUAGAAUCCCUUCUAGAAAAAUCAAGACACCAAUCAAAUGAGUCAAAUGAGUUGAAUGAAUCAAAUGCGGUACGACAAGUGAAAUUAACAAAUGUUGAUACUGAUCAUGAAAAUUAUGAAGAGCUAUUAGAGGAAAAAAAUAAUAGAAUUGUAGAAUUAGAAUCUCUUCUAGAAAAAUCAAGACACCAAUUAAAUGAAUCAAAUGAGUCAAAUGAAUCAAAUGAUGUACGACAAGUGAAAUUAACAAAUGUUGAUUCUGAUCAUGAAAAUUAUGAAGGGCUAUUAGAGGAAAGAAAUAAUAGAAUUAAUUAUGAAGAGCAAUUAAAGGAAAGGAAUGAUAGAAUUACCGAAUUAGAAUCUCUUCUAGAAAAAACAAGACAACAGUUAAACGAGGAAAAAAUAAAAUUAACGGAUAUUUCCGCAAAAUAUGAAGGUUCUGAAGAGCUUUUAGAGGCAAGAAACAAUAAAAUUACCAAAUUAGAAUCCCUUCUGGAAGAGACAAGAAAUCAAUUAAGUAUGGAACAAGAAAAUGUAAAUAAACUUAAGACAACUGUUGAUGAGAAAAAGAAAGAGUACGAAAUUACAUUAGAGAAGGAAAGAAAAGCCAAGAGAACUUUAGAAUCGGUAAAUUCUAAACUUGAAGAAAAGCUUCUACUCUCGAAAAAGAGAAAAUGGUUUUGUGUUUAA